UUUUAUUUUUGUAGGCAGCCGGAGUCCACUUGAUCAGUGUGUACUCAAGUCCUAAUGAUCAGAGUCUAUGGGCCAUUGACAACAAAUGGAAUGUUCAUGUGCGCACUGGGAUUACAGAGGAAAUGCCAGUAGGCACAAAUUGGGACCAGGUUCCAGGGCUUCAGGCAAGUGAAUUGGUAAUAAGCAUGAAGACUGUAUGGGCGCGUUGUCCAAAUGGAGAUGUAGCCCGCCGGUAUGGCAUCACAGAUAAAAAUCCUGCAGGUGAUUACUGGAAGAAGAUUCCAGGAAAUGUUUCUUGUUUGGCAAUUACCCCUCUAGAUGAACUAUGGGCAAUUAGUUCUUCAGGAAAUCUCAUUCAGCGCCUCACAAAGACAUUCCAGCAUUCUCAUAACAUGCAGAAACACAGUGAUGCUUCUAUAUCGUUUUACUCUGAUGGUUUUGAGGAUGAGUGGGAAGUGAUAUAAAGUGAAUAACAGUAAAUAAGUAAGAACACAUCCUUGGGAAUCCUGUCACUUGGGAAAUGCCAAGCUUUUGAAGCCACAAACAUUUUAUAACAUUAUCUUUUUGAGAUAUAGGAGACUAAUUUAUAUAGUAGUCCUUAAAUUGUUUAGUAAAACGUCUUGUUCAGUAUAUCUCAGGUGAGGCAGGCAAUGCGCUUAAAGAAAUUGUGAACUUGUCUUUAUUCUAGAAGUUGUACUUUGACUAUAAUGUAUCAAUUUAACCUCAUUAACAGCAAAAUGAAUUUGCUGCAGCAUGCAAGCUAAUGUCUGUACUAUGUAGAAAGAAUUUCUGUUAUAUUACCUAUUUCUCAACUGCUGAAAAAACACUAUUUAGUUUUUAUUUUGGACAUUAAUCUCUUAGGAAAAAAGGGGGUAUGCCUUUAAUAGAAAGGAAUAAAAUACUGUAAUUUUUUUUCAGUGGAAAGCUACACAAUUUGAUGCUCAGAUUAAAGUUUCGUUAUAACUUUCAGAGCUCUACUGAAUUUUCACUCUGAUUAACUGGGAUAAAAGCAUUAGUUCCCCUUAUUCUUCUCUAACUUUGAGUCUCUUGUGAAUUGAGAUUAUAACUGUCCAAUUUCCCAGCCAUGUUAACAUGUUGAAUGAGAAUUGUGGACAUUUUGGUUAAAAGGUACCUUGGAGGGCUUCUGGUAAGGGGAGAUUUCCUUAUAUGUUUUUCCAAACAAUUUAGGCUUUUGCUCCACAAUUGCCUAUGAGAGCUAAACACAAUAUUAUAAGUCAUUUCCAUAAAAUGGGGGUGGCUCUGUGGGUGAGAUUCAGUACCAUAUUUAGCCUGACAGAAUUACGCCUGUGUUCAUAGUAGAUUCUGUAUUUCCUUUUUACCAUAAUUUAUAAUCAAUUCUAAAUAUAGUACUAAAGAAGCUUAUCCCAAAAGAAAGGUUGUGGUACUCACCAGGAUUUGCCUUUAUAAUAGGAAAUUUUAGCUACAUUAGCUAAAUCUUGCAAUGUCUUAUAUUAAAAUGUUUACAGCAGAGAUGCUUAAAUGUAUAAUUUACUGAUCACUGCAGCUUAUGUAUCAUAAUUACUAAAUUUCUUAAGAACACUGUAAGACAAAAUAUUAUCCCAAUAGUUUUCGUUUAUAGUGCUUUUUAAUAUAUAUAUAUAUUUAUUUAUUUGAGACCUGAAUAUUUGAAGCAAUUAUUAUUGAAUCUGCAAAUGAGCUAACUUAAGUAAUACUGGAUGAACCUGGGUGGAGAUAAUGGGAUUUUUUUCUUUCUUCUAAAGCUGCCUGAUACAACCCUGUAUCAAUGGAUUUUUUGCAUAAGAACUAAUUUUGGCACCAUAGACAUACUUAUUAGCAGCAGCAGCACUUAUAUGAUUAAUGCUCUGUUCCUGGUUGAUUCUUUUAUUUUGGGAUGACCAAGUGGCUACAUUUGUUUUGUUCUGAGAUCUCAUUUAUUUGAGUCUGCCUCAGGGUUUUUGUAACCAACUAGCUGUCCAUCUAUCUCUAGUUCAAUUGGCAUAUUUCUUUGGAAGCCCUUUGGCAGCUGGGAUUCCAGUGCCAUCACUUCUCUUCAAGUCUAGAAUUUUUGAGCAAAUGGAGUGGCAUUAUGAUGCACUUCUGGCCGAAUACUCAUAUUCUAAUAAUGAAAAAAAUGACAUACUUGCAUUUGUGUGCAGCCAAAAAUAUGUAUGAAUGUUUGCAUGUAUAUAAACACAAUAACACUGUUAAAAA